AUGGUGGAGCUGACUGCAGAAGAGAAGUCAGCCAUCACUGGCCUGUGGACUAAGGUGAAGGCAGAAGAGGUAUGUGGAGGCACUGAAUUUCUCUGUCCUCUUUUUACACUUUCUAGGAUACUGAUGGUCUAUCUGCAAACCAAGAUAUACUUUGACCAUUUUAGAGACUUCUCCUUCCGUGCUGCCACUGAAGGUAACCCCAAGCUGAGGGUUCUUGGUAAGAAGAUGAUGGAAUCCUUUGGUGAAGGCCUGAAACACCUGGAUAACCUGAACGACACCUUUGCCAGCCUGAGUGAGCUGCACCAUGACAAGCUUCAUGUGGAUCCUGAGAACUUCAAGCUCCUGGGCAGCAUGAUAGCCAUUGUGCUAUCUUGA